AUGAAGCUUUACUAUAUUGGCGUGCUUCGAACUGACGGCAAGGGCCUAGAGCUGGCCAGUGCGGAGGACCUGUCGUCGUUUUCGAUUUUCCAACGACCGAGUGUGCGCGAGUUCACCAAGUUUUUCAGCAGCACGAUUGCGACCCGCACCCCUGCAGGACAGCGCCAGAGUAUCGAGGAGGGCAGUAACGUGGGCCAUGUGUAUGCGCGCAGCGAGGGCCUUGCUGGCGUGGUUAUUUCCGACAAAGAGUACCCUGUGCGGGUCGCAUUUGCUCUGCUCAACAAAGUGCUGGAUGAGUACCUCGCUGCCCACCCCAAGGCGCAGUGGGCGAGUUUGACAGCGGCGACUCCGGCAACCGCGUUCCCGCAGCUGGAUGAAUACCUCCGCAGCUAUCAGGACCCCCACCAGGCCGACUCGAUUCUGAGGGUCCAGCAGGAGCUCGACGAGACCAAGAUCGUGCUCCACAGAACCAUUGAGUCCGUGCUCCAGCGCGGCGAGAAGCUCGACACGCUGGUGGACAAGUCGGAGGCCCUCAGUUCGACGUCGCGAAUGUUUUACAAGCAAGCAAAGAAGACCAAUUCUUGCUGCAUCAUUAGCUAG